AUGGAAUGGGAAAACCAAACCAUGCUGCUAGAAUUCUUCUUAAAGGGACUUUAUGGUUACCCACGGCUUGAGAUCCUUUUUUUUGUGCUCAUUUUUAUAAUGUAUAUGGUCAUCCUUCUGGGAAAUGGUACCCUUAUCUUAAUCAGCAUCUUAGAUACUCACCUUCACACCCCAAUGUACUUCUUCCUGGGGAACCUCUCUUUCUUGGACAUUUGCUACACCACCACCUCCAUUCCUCUUGCACUAGUAAACUUCCUCUCAGAAAGGAAGACCAUCUCCUUCGCUGGCUGUGCACUUCAAAUGUUUCUGGGAUUGGCUAUGGGGACAACAGAAUGUGUGCUUCUGGGCAUGAUGGCCUUCGACCGGUAUGUGGCUAUCUGCAACCCGCUGAGGUAUCCUGUCAUCAUGAGCAAGGAUUCCUAUGUGCCCAUGGCAGCUAGCUCCUGGAUCCUGGGUCUUUUCAACUCGGCUGUACAAACCGCCCUUGUGGUACAAUUGCCUUUCUGUAGAAGUAACGUCAUCAACCAUUUCAGUUGUGAAAUUCUGGCUGUCAUGAAAUUGGCCUGUGCUGACAUCUCAAGCAAUGAGUUCAUCAUGCUCAUGGCCACAACGUUGUUCACGCUAAUGCCACUGCUCUUGAUUGUUAUCUCUUAUUCAUUAAUUAUUUCUAGCAUCCUUAAAAUAAGCACUUCUGAAGGCCGAAAUAAAGCCUUUUCCACCUGCUCAUCUCACCUAACUGUGGUGAUUAUAUUCUAUGGGACCAUUCUCUUUAUGUACAUGAAGCCCAAAUCUAAAGAGACACUCAGUUCAGGGGAUUUGGAUACUACUGAUAAACUUAUAUCCAUGUUCUAUGGGGUGAUGACUCCCAUGAUGAAUCCUUUGAUCUACAGUCUAAGAAACAAGGAUGUGAAAGGAGCAGUCAAGCAUUUAUAUUACAGGUUAUUUAGCAAGUGA